GCUAGCUUCGGAGAUCGCCUGCCACCAGCCUCUGCACUCAAGCAGUCCUACCUCCCCCCGACCCCCGCUGACGCCGACCCCGCCCCGGGUUCGCCCACCAGCGCCGAAAGCCAGAGGGCCACCCUGACAGCCACAGACGAUGCCUCAGGGACGGACAUGACCGCGGACGGCAUGGUCGGGCUCAGGGUGACCGAGACUGCGGAUUUAGGACUUGGGGAGUCGGGUGCACACGGGGGCGCGGCAGAUGUGUCAAGAACUUUAGUGGAGGAAGAAACAGGGGAAGUAGGAGUGGAUGGUACUGGUGCAGGAACGAUAGCUGUAGCAGGCGAGACGAACGAUACUCUGCCAGGCAGUGAGGCCGACGACGGGAUCCCGGGAAGGGCCGGCAUUGACUACCCUACGCUGGCCGCCGUCCCGGACACUGCCUUCUCUUGCGGAAACUACGCUUUGCCUGGUUACUAUGUCGACAAAGAAGCCGAGUGUCAGAUAUUUAGUGAUCUUGGUGAAGUGCAGAUAAUAUUUUUCAUCAGAUCAAGCAUUCUUUCUCUAGCAAUCACAACGCAUUUUCAGGUGUUCUACAUCUGCCAGGCGGAUGGGCGUCAAGAUGGCUUCCUGUGUCCAAAUGGUACAAAGUUUAACCAACAGUUUCUCGUUUGCGAUUGGUGGUACAAUGUGGAUUGCUCGAUUUCCGAUUCCUUCUUCACCAUAAACGAAAGGAUCUACGCGGGACCCGGAAGCCGCGCCGUAGAGUUUCCUGACCAAGCUGGUGUCGACACGAGACAAGGCGGGCUGCUGACCCACGCCGCGGCCGGCCUCCGGGAACACCCCUUGGGAGCAGAGGCGCCAAGAAGCGAGUCCUUCGGCGAUGCAACGGUUUCAGCGCCAGAUGCGGACGGCAUCGUCGCUCCAAGUGAUUAUGACGGAAUCAGCAGCGAUUAUGAAGAAGGAACUGACGAUUACGCGGGGGGGAGUAGCACUACUGAGGGAGCAUUACGCGAUUAUGAUGCCGGAAGCACAGAUUAUGACGGAGUAAGCACUGGCGAGCUCUCUAGCACUCAAAGCAGUCUGGGCGUUCCUGGUGACGGAUCACAAGGAAAUGAUUCCUACAGCUACCUUCCUCCGGCUGAGUUUUUUCCCACUGAAACUGUCGAAAGCGUCCGCGGGGCCACAGGAGGCCUUAUACAAGGAAACAUUAAUCCAAACACAGGAUAUGGAAUACCCACAGAAUUUCCCACUUUAUCACUAAACUCCAGGGGUACUGUGAUCAGCGAGGUAGAUAACGUAACUCCGUACAGUUAUGCUCUGCCAGACGCGAAGACAAGGGUUUCUCUCACGGACGACGAAGAGGACUUCCUGACAACUGCAAGUGCGUUUGAUGAGUCAACUAUCGAGUCCAUUCUCAGUCAUGCUGGCAACCUCGGAGGUUUCUCGAAUAACGGUCAUUCUGGGUACUCCUAUCCCGAGCCCCUCAACCCGCUCAAUUUUGAGAGCACCAGGACCAGCAUUGUUCCAGAGAGUUCAACCUUGGUUUCAGCCGCGGGUAACAGGGAAAAAAGCGAGCCGACGUCAGCACCUACUGCUGAAUUACCAGUGACUGCGGAAGGCGUCGUGAAUGGAUACAACUACUCGCCUCCUGCUUCGACGCAUGAGGUUCCUCUACCCUCCAAGUCCGCUGCCUCUCCAACCGAAGGCGGAAUCAGUGAUACAAGUGCAAGUGCCGGAAACGGAUAUAAUGGCUACUCUUAUCCAGAGCCCACUAAGCCGUUCUUGUUGCCUGGAGAAAGCUCAGUUCUUCCACCAUUGAAAACUUACCUGCCUCCACCCGCACGUUAGGUUGAUGUUUGUACUUCUCUCUCCUUGUGACGUCGCAGGCUUGUUUGGGGGGGAGCAAGACAUUAACACUAGGACACUGAAAUCAUCCUAUGUGUUGCGUACUUUUUAAAACUUUCUGUAUCUUAAUAAGAUAUACGUGUAGACAGCAGGUUUGCUAUAUAAAAAAAAGUAUAUGCCUUAUUUAUAUUAGCAUGUGUGAGAAUAACUAAUCAUUGUUGACAUGAUACAUCAUAACCCAAGAUUAUUCUUCGAUCGGAACACUAUCAAAGUAAACAUCUUAUGUUGACCAAUUCCAUUACCGCUAUGUCUACUUUAUAGUAACUAUACACUCAGGAAUCCAGUUUUGCAGAAUAAUUAGUUUGAUACUGAAGUCACCAUGCAUUGCUAAAGCAGCUUUACUGAUCAUCGAUUCUAUCACAGUUAAAUACUUUAUUGAACAUAAGCUUUACUGAUAGCCACAUAAUUUACUUUUGCUUAUUAGACAUGUUGACGUUUACUAAUUAAGUAUCAAAAAGCACAUGAUCAGGCGACUUACGUAUAGAUCUGGCUUAACAUGUCCGUUUCUUUUUCGGCCCUGCUAUUUUCUGCCUUAAGUCUAGACUCGCCUGUUUAUAUGAUUUUACUGGACAUAGCCAUGUAAUUUGAUUUGUAGGGUUAAUUAUAAGUUAUAUUUAAGAAAAAAGUAGUUAAUCCUAAUAUCCAUGAGUGUUAUCGACGUUUUUCAGAUCACUCCAUUCAAGAUUCAAAUUGGUACCUUUUACAUUAUGAUCCUGCUCAUUUUGGGAAUGGAGUAUACUAGCAUGUACUCAAGUCUGUCUGGAUGCAUGUAUAAGGAAUGUGGUAUAUAUAAUUCUAUUUAAUUAAUAUGUUCAUAUAUAACAUUUUCAAUUCUGUAUUAAAUACUUUCAGCUCCAACUAUUAACUGAAUCAACAUACAAUAUGUCAUUUUAUCGAAGGGAUGUUGCGUAAAACUAAACGCAAUGACAGAAUGGACUUCGAGGACAGGCAUUUCCUGGACGGUCUGCUUUGCUGUUGUCUUGACUUCUCUUAUCUUAAAGAUAUCGAAGAUCUAUCACUCGUGUAUUUUUUCUGAAAGUGAAUUAGUAUUCUGCAUGUUAGGACUGCCAUCUGUUACACUAUGAGUGGUUUUGUGCUUUCGAGAAACAUGCUUUUGAAAUAACACAUUAUAAAAACAAAAACUUGAAAGGAAUGCGUACAUGAAAAGAAACAAUAUAAUUUUCACAUUAUGUAUUAUGUACAAUAAAAUAACAAAAUAUCUCUGUACAGACGUCCUCCCUACAGAGUGAAAUUUCAUACAGUGCUGGCUGUGAUACAAACUAUUAUAUAAAUGCACAUACCACGACAUAAAUGCAGAGAAUAUAAGUAAAUGCAAUAUCUUCUCCAUGUCAACUGCCCAAUGACUUUCUGUAAACUUUGCAGAUUAGACAGAUUGUACUUGUCACAGACCACUGCUUCUUUUUGACAAAUUGGUUUCUAAAACAAUUUCAGAGUAUUACUCGUAUGGCAUCGAUUUGUGUGGUUUCUUCCUAUACUGAACACGUAGGGAUGAGAACAAAAACUACUACAAAUCCAUUCAUAUCCUCUCUUGAACUACUACGUCCUGAAGGAGAAAUUGUAAAAAUGCGGAGCAAAAGAAAAAUCGAAAGUAGAUCUGUUCAAGAUUACAAGAUCUGUUCCUGUAUAUAAAUAAAUUAUUUUCUGAACAUUCCAUCUCUUACUGUUUUUAUCAAUAUUCCGUAACUUCAGUUCCAGUAAAAAAGGCAUUAAUUACUAGUCUUACCUACAUUAUCUCAGUCUGGCCACCGCCAUAUAAAAGAAUAAAAAAAAAUCUAUUAAAAAAGUUUGUCACUAAAAUAACUAAACCUUAAAUAAUAAUAUCAGUCUCCAAUAAGCAUAUCCGAGUUAUCAUGUCAAAGGUGCAAAACUUAUAAAUAUACUGAUUUAGCUUUGAUUAGUAACUGGCAGUAUUUAUCACUUGCAAAACACAUAAUAUGGUCUAUACACUCUUGAAUGGAAUUUUCUUGCUCACUCACAUACGCGCACGCGAGCACACAAACACUACUCACUCUCCCUCUCUCAUAUCUUUUAACUCACUCAUUCACACACUCUCACUCACUCUCUCAUGAUAACUCAUUCUCGUUCUCAUUCUCACACUCUCUUUUUGUUUCAUGAUAUCUGUUAACUCAUUCUCAUGCUCUUUCUGUUGUCACACAAAUGAAAAGACGAGCACUUGGGCAUCUAAGUAAUGAUUGCUACGGGGGAAAGAAUUUUGUCCGUGGAAUCAAUGAUCUCUAAUCUUCAUACACAAA